CAGGGAGGCCCCGUAAAGCAGAGGAAGGGAGUGGUUACAUCAUCUGCCCAUUUGAUAAACUCGCCUCUCUCUCCUCCUCCUUCAAACCAUCAGCUGUCCAAGCGUUCGUCCUCAGUGCAGGUCAACAGUGUAGGAACAGCUCUUGAUCCAAAAUGGCUGCCUUUCUCCAUCACUGCCCUUUCCUGAAGUCGGCCCCUCAGCCUUUUCUGAGGAGAACUGGAGCUGCCCUCAUGUCUAUGGCCGACCAGUGCCCUAUCAUUACGCGUCAGAUCAGUGUGAGCACGCUGGCCACUCUGGAGAAGCAAUCUACAGAGUGUGGACCAGCCCAGAAGAGAGUCCUAGGUUUGAACCAGAGGAAAGUCCUAGGUCUGGACCAGAAAAGGACCAUGGCUCAGACUGCGACUGAGGUGGCGGUCUCUGCAUCCAAGGGUUGUCCGUUUGUGAGUUCUCAGAUUGGUUUGGUCCGUGCCAGUCCUGAAGUGCAAGAAGAUGUGCAGGAAGGGAGGAUGACGUCUCUUCUGAAAAGUAUUAAAGAAACCAUUUUACCGAAUGCAGCUCAGAAAACUCCUAUCACACACCUGCUUAAAGACAAUAUGGUUGGCCCAUGUUAUGACUAUGACCGUUUCUUUGUGGAGAAGAUCAGUGAGAAGAAGCAGGACCACACAUAUAGGGUAUUUAAGACAGUGAACCGCAGUGCCCUCUCCUUCCCAUUCGCCCAGGACUUCUCUGUCGCCGGGCGAGAGGGGGCCGAGGUCUCCGUCUGGUGCAGCAACGACUACCUGGGAAUGAGCCGUCACCCACGCGUCAUCAAGUCCAUCAGUUCUGCCCUGGAUAGACAUGGUGCAGGGGCCGGUGGUACCAGGAACAUCUCUGGAACCAGUAACUACCAUGUAACAUUGGAGAAAGAACUGGCAGAACUUCACCAGAAGAGUGGCGCACUCGUGUUCAGCUCCUGCUUUGUGGCCAAUGACUCCACUCUGUUCACAUUGGCCAAGAUGCUUCCAGGCUGCGAGAUCUACUCUGAUGCAGGGAACCAUGCCUCGAUGAUCCAGGGCAUCCGGAACAGUGGAGCCAAGAGAUUCAUCUUCAGGCACAAUGACAGCAAGCACCUGGAGGAGCUUCUGGAGAAGUCCGACCCAGCCACACCCAAGAUAGUGGCAUUUGAGACUGUGCACUCCAUGGAUGGUGCGAUCUGCCCCCUGGAGGAGCUGUGUGAUGUUGCACACAGAUAUGGAGCUCUGACAUUUGUGGAUGAGGUCCACGCUGUGGGUUUAUACGGAGCCCACGGAGCAGGGGUAGGAGAGAGGGACAAUGUCAUGCACAAGAUCGACAUUGUGUCUGGAACUUUGGGUAAGGCCUUUGGUUGUGUAGGAGGUUACAUAGCCAGCAGCGCUGCCCUGGUCGACACAGUUCGUUCCUACGCAGCAGGGUUUAUUUUCACCACUGCGCUUCCCCCCAUGGUCCUGGCGGGGGCACUGGAGUCGGUGCGAGUCCUCAAAAGCGCAGAGGGACAGGCUUUACGCAGAGCCCACCAGAGGAACGUCAAACACAUGAGACAGCUGCUGAUGGACCGGGGGCUGCCUGUAGUCAACUGCCCCAGCCACAUCAUCCCCAUUCGGGUUGGAAAUGCAGAGCUAAACACCAAAGUGUGUGACACUCUUCUGGAGAAAUACAAUAUCUAUGUCCAGGCCAUAAACUACCCUACAGUUCCCCGAGGAGAGGAGCUGCUGAGGCUGGCCCCGUCCCCCCACCACCAUCCUGACAUGAUGGACUACUUUGUCGACAAACUUGUGGAGGUGUGGCAGGAGGCUGGUCUGGUACUGAACAACCCAAACUUAGCAGCAUGCACCUUUUGUAACCGCCCGCUGCAUUUCGACCUCAUGAGCGAAUGGGAAAAGUCCUACUUCGGAAACAUGGAGCCUCAAUACAUCACUGUGUUAGCCUAAGAUACUAAAUCAUAUAUUUCCUAAAGAUUUAUUUAAAAAUGUGCUGGUGCCUUACAAGUGGACAUUAUUCUGUACAUUGUUUGUUAAUAUAUUAUUUAUUAUAAUGAAUCAAUAUAAAGUAAAAAGUGCCUUUCAAUGGUACAGACAAAUCCUGCACUAGGCACUUUCUCUCCAUUUAAGAGUGAAGAAAUAAAAGGUUUGUAAAAAGUUGUAAGUUGGUGGUGUGGGCUAUCAAAUAAAGCUUGGAACAAUU